AUGCCGGUUCUGAAGCUUCGGAGAAGUCGCGUCAUUCCAAAGGCUGGCGCGGCCGCGCAGACCGUCGUCAAGAUAGUAUCCGGUGGCGCCAUGCUUAACGUGAAUUCUGGACAAGAGCGCAUCCAGAGGAGGCAUCUAGCACAGGAACCAAUGUUGGAGGAGAAACGAAAGGACAAAAAGAACUCAAGAACUACACGGAAUGAAAAAGUCGUCGUGCUGGAAAGAAAAGCGCACGAGCAGGGGCAGGGCAACAUGUCUGUCGAGGCAGCGAAAAUAACAACAAAUAUCUCAAAUAACAUUCAGAUAGGAGAAGGAACAAGAGAAAGAAGUGUGACUUUGGAGACAUCGAUACCACAGAAAAUAGAGGGUCUUCAUGCUGGCACUGAUGAUGAAGACGACCGACAGCAUGUCAUUGUCGAACUUGAGAAUAUGAAUGAAGCAAGCACAAGUGAUACAGGAACUACAAUUAGAGACGCAGGAAAGCGGGAUGAGAAGGGAGACAUACCGCUCAAUGCAGAUGUCGUGAAGAGGAUGCUCUCUUCUGGUGAAACCGGAGCUUCUU